UUUCCAUGACUACUGAUUAUAGCUUUUAUCAUAACCGCGUAAAGUUGAAUAUCGAACUGAAAACUUUUUAAUUCUACUUUGUCACGAGGCAUUCGAGUAACUUUGUUUAGUUUAAUUAAUAAAACAUUAAUAAAAGUACAAGUACAGGACAGGAUGACCGAUUGUUUAAUAGUUUGGUAUUUUGUAAGUUAUCUUAGUUCAAGGCGACUUCUCGGUUCAAUGAUAAGCGUGAGUUUGGAAUGAUAAAAAGAACGAGAAUGAUACAAUUUUAUCUAAAAUCAACUCGUGUUGUUGCAACGACGUUCACGUUAUUCAGCUGCCGGCGUUCAGUCUGAGUAGUAGCGUUAGUGGGUUAUUUUGCGGGAAAAUAUAUUUUUUAAAUUAAAAUAAUGGCAUACAUUGUGGAUUUGAGAUCCGACACUGUGACAAAGCCCACUGAGGCUAUGAAGCAUGCCAUGACAAAUUCUGCAUUGGGUGACGAUGUUUACGGAGAAGAUCCAACAGUAAAUGCACUGGAAAGUAAGAUAGCAGCUAUCUUGGGGAAGCAGGCGGCCUUGUUCGUACCUUCUGGUACUAUGGCUAAUUUAAUUGCAAUCAUGGUGCACUGCAAUAAACGAGGGUCGGAGGCUUUCGUCGGGAAUCUAUCACAUAUCUACAAAUAUGAACAAGGUGGCGCUGCACACGUCGCUGGUGUCCUCCUGUCUACCCUCACCAACAAGCCUGAUGGGACAUUCGACCUUCAGGAGCUGGAGUCCAGGAUCAGAGGCACGGACGUGCACGAGCCGGUUACCAACCUGGUUACCGUGGAGAACACGCACAAUGUCUGCGGCGGUAAGGCGCCACCGCGUCGCCGCCGGCCACACGACCCGCUCACGGCGCUUGUCGCUGUGGAGAACACACACAACGUCUGUGGCGGUAAGGUCCUACCUUUAAAGUUCCUGGACGAUCUCUCAGCGCUCUGCAAGCGCCACAACCUGCCCAUCCACAUGGACGGCGCGCGGCUGUUCAACGCGUGCGCGCACCUGCAGCAGGAGCCGGGCCGGGUGGUGCGCGACUGCGACAGCGUGUCGGUCUGCUUCAGCAAGGGUCUGUCCGCCCCUGUGGGAUCCGCACUCGUCGGCUCCUAUCACUUUAUUGACCAAGCACGUCGUAUGCGCAAGAUGUUAGGCGGUGGGAUGCGGCAAGCGGGAGUCCUGGCCGCCGCCGCCAUAGUGGCUCUGGAUGAAGUGGUGCCGCUGCUCAAACUAGACCACAAGCGGGCACAGAUAUUAGCUAAAGUGAUCGAGGGUUUAUUCCUGAAGUCGUUCACGGUGGACGUGGAGGGCCAGCACAGCAACAUCGUGCUGGUCCGCCUCCCGCCGCACAGCGCGCUCGCGGCCGAGCAGGUGGUGGCCAGGCUCGCGCAGGUCUGCCUGGCUGAGACACAGGGAGACUGCAAAACAACAAACGACGAAGGUGUGAUAGUGAAAGCGAUCUACUUCAACAGCAAGACGCUGAGGUUCACGAUACAUCGGGAGAUCAGCGAUGAGGACCUGUGGCUCGCCAUCAUGAAGAUCACAUAUGUCUUCAAGGAGUUAGAUGCUGCUGCUGCUUAGAGCAGAAGAGACUGGGACCUGGAUAUAGAGAAAGUAAAUGGUACUAUGUAUGCUAGUGGCUGUAACACUUGAUGAUAGUAGAAAGUCAAUAUAACCUGUUUUUUUUUAAUAAAUACUAUUUUAAUGAAGUAUUGUCGUGGCUUUGGAACAUCCAGAAUUGAAUAGAGAUCAUGACUGUAUCUGAUUUACUCUGCAUAAAAAAAUAACCUUUUUUAAUAAUGGUAAUGGCACUUAUGGAUAAAGAUAACCUUUGUGGUCUUAUGAAAAAUUAAGUCAAAUAUCUUGUAUAUUGUCUUACGUAAGUAACCUGUAAUGUUUGACCCAACUCCACGUGUAAUAAUUUUAUACGAAGAAUGCUAGUAAUUAGAAUAAUAAUUACUAUAAUACGUAUUCCUUUUUUAUAGCGUUAUGAGAUGUACACGUAAUUGGGCAAAUUUUUAUAUAUAUAUAUAUAUAUAUAUAUAUAUAUAUGUAUUAUUACAUAUCUUUUACUGUAGGAAGUCAUCGUUUUUAUAACUACAGUUACAAAUACUUGAUGUAAAA